ACGUCCCCCCCCCCCCCCCCCCCCCCACUAUUAUUCUCGCAAAGAAACAAAGCACUGAAUGCUUAGAGAGAGAAAGAGAUAGAGAGACAGAGAGUAGACAGAUAGAGAUAAGGGUUUUUAGAGAGUGAAAAAUCAAUGGAAGUUGAGUCAGAGAAGGUGAAGAUGGCCUUCGAGGAGACUGAGCUGAGGCUCGGGUUGCCAGGAAAUACUGAAGGAGAGGUGGUUAGGAAGAGAGGCUUCUCUGAGACUGAGAGUACUACAACUAUGGAUUUGAAUCUUAAACUUUCUUCCAAGGAGGAAGAAAUGGAUCUGAAUGAGAAGUCGAAGACGCUGCAGAAGGAGAACCUUCUCACUGCUGAUCCAGCAAAGCAUCCUGCUAAGGCACAAGUUGUGGGUUGGCCACCAGUCCGAUCAUUCCGAAAGAACAUGUUAGAGAAGGCAAGUGGCAAUGCAGCGUUUGUGAAGGUUAGCAUGGAUGGUGCACCUUAUCUUCGUAAGGUAGAUUUAAAGAUGUACAAAAGUUACAAAGAGCUCUCGGAUUCCUUAGGAAAAAUGUUCAGUUCCUUCACUAUUGGUAAUUGUGGAUCCCAAGGAAUGAAGGAUUUCAUGAAUGAGAGCAAGUUGAUGGAUCUUCUGAACAGUUCUGACUGCGUUCCAACGUAUGAAGACAAGGACGGUGACUGGAUGCUCGUUGGUGAUGUCCCGUGGGAGAUGUUUGUUGAUUCAUGCAAGCGUCUGCGCAUCAUGAAGGGAAAGGAGGCGAUUGGACUCGCGCCAAGAGCCAUGGAGAAAUGCAGGAACAGAAGCUAAAUCAGUAAGCUGAUCCACAACCUGCUCCUUUGAUCUGGUCGCAGUCAGUACUGCAAAAACCAAAACAUCUAUGUAUCAAUGCAUGGUACCUAAAAAUCAAGCGCGCAGAUGGAUUGAGCAGGAUGUAUGGGGUGGUGUUUUCUGUAUCAUUAUUCGGUUUGAUAUAAUAUAAUAUUAGUGUGAGAUAUAAUAUUAUUAUAUUUUGAUCAUGAGUAUUUAUAUAUUGUCGACAGAAACCAUAAAACAUGAGCUUUUAUAUGAGUUCCAAGGCUUGACUUUGU